AUGGAUACACCAGCCCUGGUCCAUCCAAACUUCGCUCGACCCGCCGCGAAAAAUGCAUCGCCAUCAUCACCCACAUCAGCCCUAACGACAACAUCCCCAACCACAACGCAAUCCCCCACCCACAACGCGAACUCGACGUCAACGUCAACAAUCCAGUACGACCACGAGACAUACCUCGAACUCCUGGCCGGGGAGAGCAAUCAUGUCGAAAAGACUGCUAAUCAGAUCUAUGAAGAGGAACGAGCGCGUGAAUUGAGCCUGAGAGCGCAGGAUCCGGCUGUGUUGUCGGGGCCGUUGGAUUUGGAUGUUGAUGUUAAUGUUUAUCGGUUUGGGUUUGUGGAUGGCGAGGGGUCCACGAAAUGA